AUGGCCGGACCGCUGCGGGCCGCGCUGGCGCUGGGGCUGCUGGCGGCGGCACAGCCCGCACCGGCACAGCCCGCACCGGCCCCGGGGCAGCGGCGGCAGGCGGAGCUGUUCCUGGAGAAAUACGGCUACUUCGGCGAGCCGGGGGCCGGCACACACAGCCCCGCCGAGUUCACCGAGGCGCUGAGGGAUUUCCAGCGGGUGACCCACCUCCCGCCAGCGGGGGUGCUGGAUGCCCCCACGCUCCAUCAGAUGGCUCAGCCGCGGUGUGGCACCGAUGACGGGGAGAGCAGAGUUGCCGGGGACACGCCGGGCAGAAGACCUUCUCAGCAGGGUGGGAGGUGGUACAAGAGGCAUCUGACGUACCGGGUGGUGAACUGGCCACCGUACCUGCCGCAGCACGAGGUGCGCCUGGCCGUGAGAGCCGCCUUCGAGCUCUGGAGCAACGUGUUCCUGGUGUUUUGGGAGGUGCAGGACGGCCCCGCUGACAUCCGCCUGACCUUCUUCCACGGGGACCACAACGAUGGACUCAACAACGCCUUCGAUGGGCCAGGAGGUGCCCUGGCCCACGCCUUCUUCCCCCGGCGUGGGGAAGCCCACUUUGACAGCGCCGAGCGCUUCCUGCACAGCGGCAAAGGGCGCAACCUCUUCAUCGUGGUGGCUCACGAGGUCGGGCACACGCUGGGGCUGGAGCACUCCCCCGUCAAGAGCGCCCUGAUGUCUCCCUACUACAAGAAGCUCAGCAAGGAUUUUGUCCUCAGCUGGGAUGACAUCUUGGCCAUCCAGAACUUGUACGGGAAGCCCUCCAAGGGCUCGGCCAUCCAGCUCCCAGGAAAGGUCUUCACCCAUUUCCAGGACUGGGACACAGAUCUUUAUGGCAGGGACCGGCAGCAGAGGAGCCUCAGCACCUACUACUGUCACUCCUACUUCGAUGCCAUAACCUCUGACGCGGAUCACAACCUCUACAUCUUCAAGGGCAGCCACUACUGGGUGGUGUCGGCGAGUGGCAACGCCAGUGACCCACAGCCCCUGGAGAGACACUGGCCCGGCCUCCCCACUGGCAUCGACGCCUGUGCCUGGUCCCAGCUCAGUGGCAAGUUCUACUUCUUCAAAGGUGGCCGGUGCUGGCGCUACGCGGGCUCCUCCCUGGAGGCAGGUUUUCCCCAGAAGUGCAGCGCCCGCGGCCCUCGGCACCCGGACACCGCGCUCUUCUUCCAGCAGCUCCGGCACCUGGUGCUGUUCAAGGGCCCCAAGUACUUCGUGGUGAGCGAGGAGACCCUGGCUGUGGAGCCCUACUACCCCCGCAGCCUGCGGGACUGGCAGGGGCUGCCCCGCACGGCGGGGGCCCUCACCCACCGCGACGGCUUCGUCUACUUCUUCCGGGACGACCAGUUCUGGAAGUUUGACCGGGCAAAGCUGCAAGUGGUGGCCACUGGCAAAUGGGCCACCCAGCUCCCCUGGAUGGGCUGCUGGGACGCAAACAGCGGGCAGGUCCUCUUCUGAGCAGAACCUGCUGGGAUGGAACGGGGGUCUGAACCCACCUCGCUCACCGCUGCCUGGAUCCCUCUUUCUUUGACUCCGGGUUCCUGUCUGAGGAUGGACUGGCAGGGAAACCAGCUGCCUGUGGAUGGCUGGAGCCAUGGAUGGUGGAGCAGUGUCCCAGCACAGCAUGGAUGCAGGGGACAGGUCUGCCACAGCCAGGUGGGCUUGGAGGCUUUGGGAGACAGUAUUUUUUUUAAAAGACCACAAAAAAUACAUAAGCCAUAGAGACUGCAAUCACACCCAUUUCUGUUAACAUUCAGGAUAUCGUUACACGUUUUUUUCCAAAGCAGGACUGGGGUGUUGCUACUUUUUGAUAUCUUUGUUGAUAUUUGUUGACAUCUGUUGUUUUCCCACGACCAGACAGAGAAGUGCCUCGCCACUGCUUGGCUUGGGGUUUGGAUGCUUUUAAAUAUGAGACUGAGAAUGCUUCCUGCUUAAAACAAGAGGAAAGAGACAUUUGGACGAAACUUUGGGUCGGUGUUAAGCUUUGCCCUUGCUGUGUGCUCAGAGCCCCAGGGCUGGGGGUUGGGGAUGCUUUGCUGGGCUGUGCUCACAUCCCAGAGCUCUAGUGAGGCACCAGCUGGAGAUACCAACACAGUGGGAUUUGGGGGGAGAAACCGAGGGAUCUGGUGCAGGAGCCUCUUUGGGGUGGAGAGAGAGGGGAGGCACAGCUGAGAUACGACCAUGUGUCUGUGCAGCUCACGGGUAACUCUGCUUUGUCUCUGCAAAGGCAGGAUUGGUGUGUUUUUGAGUCCCUGUGCCACAGUUGGAUGAACACGGGGUUGACAAAUUACUGGGGGAGGAGGGGAGAGAGGGGUGAGCAGGACAGACAUGUCUGUGCAUGCAGGCUCACAAGGACAGCACGGCUGCAUAUUCUUCAUUCCUUUCCCAAAGCAGGCUCCCCACCUGGAAACGCCACUGGCUCCUGUGCAGUCACCUGUCAUGUCCACAAAGGGCCAUCGUGUCCCACAGAACAGGGCAAGCAUCAGCUUCCAGGCUGGAAAUGCCAUCAGUGCUGAGCAAGACAGGGUUCAACUUUAUUAAAAUGUCCUUUGAUUUGAGAGAUUCGGGGAUUUUCACAGUGCUGGGGUCGUACACAGGUGGGCUGCUCUGUCACUGAUGGUUCUCCCAGGACUCAGACUGCUUUGGGCUGGUCCUGCUGUGCUGGUGCUGUGUCAGGGUGCUGUGCUGUGGUGCCAUGCAGGGUGCUUUCCCCAUGCCAGCAGCUCUGAGGACUCUUUUCUUCAGCACAAAAUCCUCACUCGCCCUCGCUCACCUAAACCUUCCCUAGAGAGGGCAGGAGCCAGGCUUGCCCCAGGCAGGUACCAAGGCUGGUACUUCCCAAGGGUUUUUGGUGCAGCCAGCUGCCAGCUGGGAUGUAGGUUUGGCAGGAUGGAGAGCCACCACUCCUCCUGUUCUUCAUAAAACUUGUGAGUGAGCCCUUCGUGCACAGACACGAACAUGGUCACUUCAUCUGCUUAAAAUCUCAGGGGACUUUCAGCGUUGCCAAAGAAACGGGGCCGCAGCAUUUUCAUUUGGAAUUGGAUGAUAAUAAGGCUUGUGGGGAGUCCCAGGGGCUUGGAAACCUCUUGGCAAAUAAAAAGAACCUCUGGAUACGUG